AUGGAAAAAAAUCAAAUCGUGACAUGGAAUCCAAGGUUGUUGAAAAUCUAUGAACUUGAUGUUGGAAUAAUUCUUCAGAGUUUUAUUUUUUCUAAUGGUGAUUGUUUGUCGAAUGAGGUUGGCAAAAGUAUUUAUUAUCCGUUUGUUGGAAAAAAAGAAAAAUGA